AGUCAUGCACGUCAGAAACGGACCAGCGGCGAAACACCUAAAAUUUAGCCCAAGAUGCUCCAUAUUUACUUCAAUUUUUAACUAAGUUUUGGUUUGUCUGAAGAAUGUAAAAGUUUGGACACACAAGAGGGAUUUCUUGUGAUUCCAUAUGUCUGUUUCUUUGGUGGUUUUGCGGUUUGAGAUAGAGGACCGUAUCCCAUUGCCAGAGUGGGUCCGUUUCACAUCCUGCAAAGACAACAUCAUCAAACAAAAAGAGGAGAAAAUGCAAGAAAAAGAUGAAGCACUCCCUCCCCACCAAGAUAAGUCCAAUCCAAACAUCAAAUCCACUGAGAAGAAUUUGAAAGAAAGGCAGGUGGGAGGAGAGGAUGAGGGGAGAGCGACUUCACCCAGCAACGUCAGGGGAUCACCAAAGAGUCCAACGAGUAAGCAUGUGGAGACUAGAGAAGAAGUGUUGAAUCAGCAUCAUGGCUCAAGGGAAAUGAGAGAGAUGACUGUUGAGACGAUCAUGUUUACAGACAGCUUAAACAACACUUUGAAAAACCUAGAGAAGGCCAAGAUUACAAACGACAAUGACACACUGUCACCAAAUUCAGACGGGACACCACCAACUCCCAACAAACCACCAGACCCCAACACAGAUAACGAUCGAAAAGGGAAGAGUCUUACGAAGGAUCUUCAGAACAAAAGUCCUGCUGAGGAAACCCAGGUCAGCAAGCCAGUUGGAAACAAAAACAAGAAAUCAAAGAAAAUGCCAGACAGCGAUGGACCUAAGAAAUCAAAAAAGCCACAAACUAACACCCAAGAUCUUUCAAGUGGAGAUGGAAUAAAGGACUCUGUGAACUCGGACCCUAGUACUCCCAUUAGCGUUAUGUCAUUGCCGAUCCAAGAAACUGAUAAUCGCACUUCUGCCACCGUUGGAAGCCAGAGAAGUUAUGCUUCCAUUGUGACAGGAAGCCCCCUUCCUCAGACAAUAGAGGUAGAUACUAAGGAUUACCGUAACAUGUCACCAACUGAAAGAGGUGGGAUACUAGACGGGAAGCACAUGACAAAGAGUCCACUGUCGAAGCACCAGAGUGUCAUUCCAUUCUCCUCUGGCAAUCCAAGUGUGGAGCUAACUAAAGGGAUUCUUCACCUCUUUAAAGAAAAUGAGAUGACAUCUCUGGAUGAAGGAGUAUCGCGUAGUGAGAUGCUAUGCAUGCUUGCUGUACCUGCCGUCAUGACCAUUCAUGACCUCCUUCAGCUUGCUGCUCCUCUCAGUCAAGGCAUCCAACUCAUGAGGAUCAUUAGAGAUGCCACGCCCAAUCAGUACAUGGUGCUCUUCAAGUUCAAGCAUCAGAAAGAUGCAGAUGAAUUCUACACAGAGCUGAAUGGGAAACCUUUCAAUUCCAUCGAGAGCACUAUUUGCUACCUGGUGUAUGUCUCUCGGGUGGAGUGUAUGAAGGCAUUUGAGGGUGCAACUCUACCAGUCCCUGGCUUGACUGAACUCCCUACCUGUCAUAUCUGCCUGGAGCGUAUGGAUGAAUCGGUGGAUGGCAUCCUCACCAUACUGUGCAAUCAUGCCUUCCAUGGGAACUGCCUCGACAAAUGGGGUGACACAAGUUGUCCUGUAUGUAGAUACUGCCAAACACCUGAGCCUGUUGAAGACCAUAAGUGCUUUACUUGUGGAGCUCAAGAGAGUCUAUGGAUCUGUCUAAUCUGUGGACAUGUUGGUUGUGGAAGAUACUCUAACGCUCAUUCCUAUCGCCAUUUUGAGGAGACACAACACACAUACGCCAUGCAGCUUGGCAACCAAAGGGUGUGGGAUUAUGCUGGAGAUAACUACGUACAUAGAUUGGUGCAGAGUAAAGGUGACGGUAAACCCAUAGAAUGGGACAGGAGGGACACCGAGUCAGCUCAUUCUGAAAAACUGGACUCGCUACAACUUGAGUAUUCCUAUUUAUUAACAAAUCAACUCGAGUCACAAAGGAUCUAUUUUGAGGAGCAGAUGGCACGUAUUGAGCAAGAUGCCCUCAAUCGGAUGUCAGAGGUUGAGGCUCGUUCUCGUAAGACAGUGGAAGAGAGAGAUAAGAUGGAACAGUGUCUACAGACUGCCCUUAAGGAGAAGUCAGGGUUGGAAAGGAAAUGUUCUCAGCUGGGUGGACGUCUUAGUAAGGUGGCUGCUGAUCUGAAAGAAGAGAAAGAGAUGAACCAAUGUUUACGUGAAAACCAGCAGCUUUGGCAAACCAAAGUGAUGGAACUUGAAACCAAAUACACAGAGGACAGUAAAAAGAAACAAGGGGAGAUUGAUGAGCUCAAGGAGCAGUUGAGAGACCUAAUGUUUUAUCUAGACGCCCAGCAGAAGAUUGGAAGCACUUCAGAUGACACAAGACAAGAAAUCCAAGAUGGACAGAUUGUCAUUGGAGAAGCAGCAGCUGCCUCGUCAGACGGUCGCUCAUCACGGAAGGGUAGGAAGAAAGGAAGAUGAGGUGCAGGUCUUGAUUUGAUCAAAUAGCUAAACCAAUUCAGCAGAUAGUACAUCUGUAGAAACUUGUGAAGAUUGCAAUGGACCUUUACCAGGGUGCACCCAUCUGGAACUUCUCCCAUUGAUAUCAAUGUUACCAAACCGAGGCUAAGAAGAACAAAAUAGUCUGGUUCCUAAUUUCAAAAUGAUUAUUAGCAUUCGUUAUCAUUAUUCGAUACGAGGAACAUGACCAAGAUGGAGGUGUAAUAACCACAGGCUCAUUUUUUGAGAGAAAAUCCACAAGACUGCAGGGCUUGUAGAGCAAAACGUUUGCUGGACCAGAACUGUUGCCACUGCCUCUGAAAAGCCUCAUUAAAGGCAGUGGACACUAUUGGUAAUUACUCAAAAUAAUUAUUAGCAUAAAACUUUUCUUGGUG